ACGGUUUAUUAUCAACCUAGCUAGAAAAUUGAAUUCAUGCUUUUAGGCUGGAACUUGAGACCCACAAAUUAAACUUGUCAACAUACAUCCGCUUAACUGUAUAUAGCCCAGACGAACAGAGAAAUAAUAAUUACUUCCCUGUAAAGCUCGGAAAAUAAUAUUUUUCCAACACCAGAUCAUCCUUUGCCGUAAUUGAAGUAAAUGUAAUAAAUCAAUUGUCGGUUCUAUUUGUAAUUGAAUUCUUGAAAAUGGGCUCAUCAGAUCGGUUGUUUAAUAGGCAGAGAACUAUUCAUCAGAUCCUUGGAGGAGGCCUUGUUGCAGAUGUGAUGCUAUGGAGGCAAAAGAAUUUAACAGUGGGAAUAUUAGUGGUAACUUUGGCUGCUUGGGUGGUUUUUGAGAGAUCUGGUUAUACUUUAUUAUCAUUGACCUCGAGUGUUUCCUUACUCCUGUUUACCAUUCUUUUUCUCUGGGCAAAAUCGGCUGCUAUUUUAAACAGACCUGCUCCACCUCUACCACAUUUGUAUCUUUCGGAAGAAAUAGUGAAAGAAGCAGCUACUUUCAUCGGCAAUCAUAUAAAUGUUCUGCUCCAUGUGUCUGAAGAUAUCGCGCUUGGUAGGGACUCAAGAAUGUUCAUUAAAGUAGCUCUUUGUCUAUUGCUGAUCUCUGUCAUUGGGAGCGUCACUGAUUUCCUUACAUUGAUCUACACUGGCCUUGUUAUUGUUCUUUCAGUUCCAGUACUUUAUGAAAGAUACGAAGACCAUAUUGAUAGAUAUGCUCUAAAAGGGUACAGGAACUUGCAGCUGUUAUACGUGAGAUUUGAUGCACAAUGUAUCAGCAAGGUUAAAAAAUGGAUUUUGGAGAAGAAGAAAUUAAGUUGAUAAUUUGUUUGCUUCAAUUUACCCUUUCAUUUUGUUUUGUUUGCUCGUACUUUUUUAUUGGAUCUCCCUUGAAUUUCUUGUUUUUAGUAGGCACUGCACGGUGCUAGAGGUAGGUGAGAAAGAAGUUUGUAUUUCAAGAAGUUCAGUCUUCCUGUAUAUCCAGGUUUUAUUCAAAAGAGGAAAAGUAUACGAGAAGAUCAUGAACAAGUAACGACUUUAGAUGAUUGGGAAAA